AUGCCGCCUCCAAAAGCGCGCGACCUUUUCGACCUGGGAGGCAGAAGCGCGAAAGUGUCACUCGGGGUGUCAACUCGGGACCCACCAAGGACUACUGCACAAACAGCACCUGGGCCGAAAAGUUCCAAGGGAGAUGACAAGAAAGCAUCCAGCAAAGAUGCCAAAAAUCAAAAAGCAGAUGAGUUGAAGUCAUCCAGCGAAGAUGCCGCGAAACCCAAGCCAAAAGCACUUCCCAAAAGUGCACCAAUCAGAAUCUACCUCUGGCCAAAAAUCAACAAAGGAGCGCAACAGUCACAACGUUCACACAAGGAUCCAGGCCGUGAUGAUGCACGCACGAAUGCUCGUCGAGGAAUGUCCGGAUCCAGAAGGAGCACACACGCACAUACAGCGUCGGCACAGCAAUCCCAAACUGAAGUCAACCCGCCUACCAACUCUGAACUUGUCAUGCUCGGAGGGAGACCCUCAUCCAUGAGCGCUUCCGAUCCAGAUGUUUCCACCAGAUCUUCAAACUUGGGGAUCAUAUAUCAGACGCUGAAAUUUCCCAGCACCAAAAUGAAGAUGAUCUUGAUGGGAGGUUACGGCAUCGUGAUCCCAGGCCAACUGAUCCAGAAGGUACAAAAGCACCCUUCCACUGGGGCUACAAGUAAUGGAAAAAACCCGCAAUAUCAAAAGUUUCUAGCGGACUGCCAGAACCUCGCUGUUCAUUUUAGCACACCUGAGGUGAAUAUCAUCGAGGAUGCCUCACGCGCCAUCGUGCAGGUGAAAACGCCAUCACAAUCAACUUCCAAUUCCUCCACGGCACUAGUUCCUGAACGCGGAGACGCGCAGAUCUCUGCAACACACCAAGUCGCGGUGUCCCGGAUGAUCGGUGUAGACGGGCAGGUUUAUGGCCUUUCCAAAGACCAAGUUCCACCCAAUUGGGAUUUCUCGACGGGUUCACAGGACGAAAGUCAGGGGCAAAGCCAAAGCGCGAAUGAGAAUGAUGCUGGGGAGUACUCAAAGUUCCUGCGUGAAGUUGAAGCAAUCAGUCGACAUGGAACUAUCGGAGAGAGAUUAGCCCGCCAGCGACGAGAUAUCCCCCUUCCGAUCUCAGAACUGGAGAAUAAGUAUGAAAUUGCGCCCAAGGGCUCCGAGCCAAAGCAAGCGAGUAAGAGGGGAUUCAGGGUCUAUAUAAUUCGACUUCGACUGGGAGAUACUGGGCGGGCUGAAUUACUGUUGUUUGUAGAAGACAUGCCAGAGGAAGGGAGCGGCACCCUUUUUAACGUCUUACAUAUCCCUGACUGCUAUGAGCCGGGAGUUUGUGCAAUCGUCCCAAUGCAAUCACGUAAAGUCAAAUGGUGUCAAAGACCUGUUGGCUUUCGCCGCCCUGCACAUACAAUACUUCACUCGCGCAUUCGGAUCGGCACUGUUACGGCGGAAAAAUAUAAAAACUGGGAUACAUACCUGCAACCGGUCGACUUUAGAAAAGCUGAUCGGCGAGACGAAGGGUUUCCACCUUACCCCGGUGCUUAUGCAGAAUUCUUCGGAGGAAAGGAUCAUAUAUAUCCGGGACUCAUGCAUUAUUGGAGCGAUCUGACCGAUCACAGAGCUCUCACAUCCCAUAUUUUGUUUUCAGACUGGCUUCCUAUAUUGAUUCAGAGGAAAUGUAUCGAUUUGGACAAUGACGGAAAGAUUCUCAUGAGUCACAGCCCGAGAUGGAUCCUAGAGACAUAUUUGCCAUUGUACUACUGA